CUAUUGAUGGAACGAGUUAUAGAGGAACUAGACAGCAUGAAUCUCAGCAGUGACGCCAAUCUUCUCUACCUGUCCGUCGUCCUGGCCAACUCCAGUGAGCGGGCACGCCCUCUGGCCGUCUGCAUGCUCUGGCAGCUCCUGGCCCGCCGCCUGCCCGGCAUUAAGAUCACCAUGCAUCGCUAUCGUGAGCUCUCGGAGCUGGCCGAGGGCAUAGCCCUGAGUCGUCCCGAAAUGCCGGAGGAGAUAAUGUUGGAUGAGAGUGCCGAUGAGGACCUCAGGCAAGAAGUCGAGUCCGAUCGGGAGUUCCGAAAGGCCAAGCUCCUGGUCCUACUGGAGGCAAUCGAAAAUCUGUUGCGCCUCGUCCUGGAGGCGGAUAAUACGGAUCUGAAGGAGUUCGGAUAUCCGAAUCACUUUUUCGAAUUGGAGCGCAAGGAUGCCGCGUCCCUGUACAUGGUGUGUCUGGGACUGGUGCAAAAAGUGCCAGACGAUGAGGAUACGCUACAUACCAAGUUACAUAAUGUUUUGUGUAACCUUUCGGAAAUUUUGGUCAAAUGUCUUGACCUUAAAACUCAAUCAAGUACAACCACUGGAGAUACAAAUCGUCCUCUAGUUAUAAAUGAUGAUCAACCUACUACUACUAAUAAUAAUCCAGAUACUAUGGAUGAUGAUAAGAUGGAUACUUCAAGUGGACCACCAUCACCCGACACUACCACCGAUAUCUAAUUAAAUCGAGGGUUAAGUAAUCCGGCUACUAUAACCCUCGAUUCAAACGACACUCGACACUCGCAAGAGAGGGGCACGGAGAAGGAUAACCCCACUGACUGAGGGGUGACCUUCAUACGGAUACCUAAAGAAAUACCAUAGGAAUAAGAUGUCAGCAGCGAUGGAUCUACCUACGCGCGACCAUUAUCUAUAAAGAUUUCAUCAAAUCGGAAUAAUACAUAUCUCAGGGACAUGUAUACGAUUAAGAAUACAUUUUGGGAAUAGGUACGGAUUUAUAACACUAACACUAUAGGGUUUUGCAUUAAAGACGGGUGUGGAAUAUCUUUUCGAUUUUGGAUUGCGAGAUGGUACCACCAUUAUCAAUGGUGCCAAUGACGAUCAACACACAUCCCAAGCGACAUUACAGAUAUAUCAACCUAAAAAAAAAAAAUCAUAACAAAAAAAAAAUAAAUAUUAAGUAUUAGUAUAUAAGAGACCUUAACUAAAAAGAAAACAACACACAACAACAACAACACAGGAGGCGCGCACAGUAGCUAGUUAACAAGAUCGGCUAUAUCUACACUGAGCAUCUAUAUACGGCUAUACGCUAUAUCGGGCUAUAUCGAAGCUAAUAUAAUCACACUGUCUAGUUUGUAAGAAUUUGUAUUUCAAAAGGAGGAGUGACUUGCUAGUCGCUAUAUCUCUCCUUAAAUAAAUACAUUAUAUGAGCAUUCAAA